UUUAUGUUUCUUUUUUUUUUCCUGAUAGUUACUGGAAUCAUGAAUCCUGUGUAUAGCCCUGGAUCUUCUGGGGUUCCCUAUGCAAAUGCCAAAGGAAUUGGUUAUCCAGCUGGCUUCCCAAUGGGCUAUGCAGCGGCUGCUCCUGCCUAUUCCCCUAAUAUGUAUCCUGGAGCAAAUCCUACCUUCCAAACAGGUUAUACACCAGGCACUCCUUAUAAAGUGUCUUGUUCACCCACCAGUGGUGCAGUCCCGCCGUAUUCCUCAUCACCAAAUCCCUAUCAGACUGCUGUGUAUCCAGUCCGAAGUGCCUAUCCACAGCAGAAUCCAUAUGCACAGCAAGGCACUUACUACACACAGCCUUUAUAUGCAGCACCACCCCACGUAAUUCACCACACCACAGUUGUGCAGCCUAAUGGCAUGCCAGCAACCAUGUACCCUGCUCCUAUUCCACCACCAAGAGGAAACGGUGUGACCAUGGGGAUGGUGGCUGGGACUACCAUGGCAAUGUCAGCAGGUAGGUGGACUUCUAACCCUUGUGUCCUCUUCAUGAAGCUCUGCUUUAUUUGAGGGAAAACAUUACUGCGUUAUAAAAUGCGAUGCCAGAGACGUACUGUGCAGAAUCAUAACCUUAGUGCUAUUAGAAGGGACUUUUGUAGGUUAUCCAGACCAGCAUCUUCACACUGACUCCACCCUAGAUCUGGGUGGUUACUUUUCCAGUCAUAUUUUGAUCAUCUGUAGUGAUGGAGAUAUUAGCAUUAUUGGUGUUACAGUAACACGGUAAUUUUGUGUAUCUUUAUGGAAUUUCAUCUGUUUUUGUAUCCUUUGCUUCUAAUCAACAUAAAGGCUCUGGAUUCUUCCUCUCCAAACCUUCCUCUGUGCCUGGAUGAAGACAGCAGCCUUUAAAGGCUGAACCAAGCACUUUGCUCUCAGGCCGCCCUUCUAUUGCUGACCUCUGUGUGUUGAGAUAACGUUCUGUGUUUGCACUGCACGGGGGUCCUUUCUGUCAUGGGCAAUUGUUAGGAAAGCUUGCUUCCUAACUCCACAGUCUUUGAGUUACAGAGUUUUGGAGAUGAUGUUUAACUGCUAUGUCGACUCAUCUGUGAGUCUUUUUCUGAGGAGUGUUGUGCUUUGUUACUCAGUGUAACUCACUAAGGAUUGUCCACAUUCUCUCAAAUGAUUCUCAAUUCUGUAGUUUAUAAAAUGAGUGCCGUGAACUUGUUUCCAGAUUAUUCUUUAUCUCAUCAAAUUGAUCAUUUAGUCUGGGGGAAUCUCAGAUCUAGGGAAGUAACAGAAACUGAACUAACUGGAGUGCUUUCAGUUUCGUGUGUGGGCACGCUUAUGCCAGGUAUUUUUUAUCGUUAGAAAGCACUGCAGAGUGAAGCUGUUAAGAUCCUGCUAUCUCAGCCUGUUUCUGAACCCCCCCUUUGUCUGUAA